UGGAGUUCCAUGGAGUGAUGAGGUUUUAUUUUCAAGAUAAAGCUGCUGGAAACUUUGCAACAAAGUGUAUUCGGGUCUCCAGUACUGCCACCACUCAAGAUGUAAUCGAAACGCUGGCAGAGAAAUUCCGACCUGAUAUGCGAAUGCUGUCCUCUCCGAAGUAUUCCCUCUACGAAGUGCACGUCAGCGGAGAAGAAAGAAGAUUGGAUAUAGAUGAGAAACCACUCGUUGUGCAGUUGAAUUGGAAUAAAGAUGAUCGAGAGGGCAGAUUUGUCCUUAAGAACGAAAACGACGCCGUUCCUCCUAAGAAGGCUCAGAGUAACGGACCUGAAAAGCAGGAAAAAGAAGGCGUUAUCCAGAACUUCAAGAGAACUCUCUCAAAGAAAGAAAAGAAGGAGAAGAAGAAGAGAGAAAAGGAGGCAAUGAGACAGGCAUCUGAUAAAGAUGACAGACCUCUCCAAGGGCAUGACACUGAGAAUUCUCGGCUGGCUGCUGAGGUUUACAAAGACAUGCCUGAGACCAGCUUUACCCGAACGAUUUCUAACCCCGAGGUGGUUAUGAAGCGGCGCAGGCAACAGAAACUGGAGAAGAGGAUGCAGGAAUUUCGUAGCUCAGAUGGGCGCCCCGAUUCAGGUGGGACGCUGAGAAUUUAUGCAGAUAGUCUAAAACCAAAUAUCCCCUACAAGACCAUCCUGCUGUCGACGACAGACCCUGCGGACUUCGCAGUGGCCGAAGCUUUAGAGAAGUACGGUCUGGAGAAGGAAAACCCGAGGGAUUACUGCAUUGCCCGGGUUAUGCUUCCUCCUGGAGCCCAACAUUCUGAUGAAAAAGGUGCUAAAGAAAUUAUCCUUGAUGAUGAUGAGUGUCCUUUACAAAUCUUCAGGGAAUGGCCAAGUGACAGAGGGAUUUUAGUCUUUCAAUUGAAGAGGAGGCCGCCAGACUACAUCCCAAGGAAAACAAAGAAGCCCGUGGACGGGAAACCCGUGAAGGGUAAGGACAGAGCCGAGGGGUCCGGCUACGGCUCUGCACUUCCGCCUGAAAAGCUGCCCUACCUGGUAGAGCUGAGCCCAGGGAGAAGGAAUCACUCUGCCUACUACAGCUCUCACACUUCCGAAGAUGGUUCUGACUCCAGAGAUAAGCCGAAGCUGUACCGCCUCCAGUUAAGUGUGACUGAGGUUGGGACAGAGAAGUUUGAUGACAGCUCUAUCCAGUUGUUUGGUUCGGGAAUACAGCCCCAUCACUGUGACCUCACGAACAUGGAUGGAGUCGUCACUGUCACACCAAGAAGCAUGGAUGCCGAGACUUACGUGGAAGGGCUGCGCAUCUCAGAGACAACCAUGCUGCAAAGCGGGAUGAAAGUGCAGUUUGGGGCAUCACAUGUGUUUAAGUUUGUGGACCCCAGCCAGGACCAUGUUCUGGCCAAAAGACCCCUGGAUGGAGGCCUGACCAUUAAAGGGCCCCGACAUAAACCUGGGAUUGUUCAGGAGACAACUUUUGAUUUAGGAGGAGAUGUCCAUAGUGGAACAGCAUUACCAACAAGCAAGAGCACCACGAGGCUGGACAGCGACAGAGGGCCGUCUGCCUCCAGCACAGCCGAGCGAGGGAUGGUGAAGCCCAUGGUCAGAGUGGAGCAGCAGGACUACCGCAGGCAAGAAAGCAGAACUCAGGACGCUCCUGGGCCUGAGCUGACGCUGCCUGCAAGCAUCGAAUUCAGGGAGAGUUCUGAAGAUUCAUUUUUAGCUGCCAUUAUAAAUUAUACUAAUAGCUCUACAGUCCAUUUUAAGUUGUCACCUACGUAUGUAUUAUACAUGGCAUGUCGGCAUGUGCUGUCCGGCCAGUACAGACCUGAUGUCAGUCCUACAGAGCGUCCUCACAGAGUGAUCGCAAUAGUCAACAAGAUGGUGAGCAUGAUGGAAGGGGUGAUUCAGGAAGUAGACCAGGUUGAUCAGAAACAGAAGAACAUCGCAGGGGCACUUGCUUUCUGGAUGGCAAAUGCGUCUGAACUCCUCAACUUCGUUAAGCAGGACCGAGAUCUCAGUCGGAUCACCUUGGAUGCCCAAGACGUUUUAGCACACUUGGUUCAAAUGGCGUUUAAGUAUCUAGUUCACUGUCUUCAGUCGGAACUGAAUAAUUAUAUGCCGGCCUUCCUGGAUGACCCUGAAGAGAACAGUCUACAAAGACCAAAAAUAGACGACGUUUUGCACACGCUCACGGGCGCGAUGUGUCUGCUGCGGCGAUGCAGGGUCAAUGCGGCCCUGACCAUCCAGCUCUUCUCUCAGCUCUUCCACUUCAUCAACAUGUGGCUGUUCAACAGACUGGUCACCGACCCCGAGUCGGGGCUGUGCUCCCACUACUGGGGCGCCAUCAUCCGCCAGCAGCUGGGACACGUGGAAGCGUGGGCUGAGAAGCAGGGCCUGGAGCUGGCUGCUGACUGUCACCUCAGCAGGAUCGUGCAGGCAACCACUCUGCUUACAAUGGACAAGUAUGCACCUGAUGACAUUCCUAAUAUAAACAGCACCUGCUUUAAGUUAAACUCACUACAGCUUCAAGCCUUAUUACAGAACUAUCACUGUGCGCCCGAUGAACCUUUUAUCCCGACGGACCUGAUAGAAAACGUGGUGGCUGUUGCUGAAAACACGGCCGAUGAGCUGGCCCGCAGCGAUGGGCGGGAGGUGCAGCUGGAAGAGGACCCCGACCUGCAGCUGCCCUUCCUCCUGCCAGAGGACGGCUACUCGUGCGAUGUCGUCAGGAACAUCCCCAGCGGCUUACAGGAGUUCUUGGACCCUCUGUGUCAGAGAGGUUUCUGCAGGUUGAUUCCUCACGCACGCUCACCAGGUACCUGGACGAUCUAUUUUGAAGGUGCAGAUUAUGAAAGUCACCUUCUACGGGAGAACAUGGAACUGGCUCAGCCUCUGAGGAAGGAACCUGAAAUAAUCACUGUGACCCUAAAAAAGCAAAAUGGAAUGGGCCUUAGCAUUGUUGCAGCAAAGGGUGCUGGUCAAGAUAAACUUGGAAUCUAUGUCAAGUCCGUUGUGAAAGGAGGUGCUGCAGAUGUGGAUGGCCGCUUAGCUGCCGGCGACCAGCUCCUCAGUGUGGAUGGACGAAGCCUCGUAGGACUCUCUCAAGAAAGGGCCGCAGAGCUCAUGACAAGAACAAGCUCCGUGGUGACACUGGAGGUAGCGAAACAAGGAGCGAUCUAUCACGGUCUCGCCACCCUGCUCAGUCAGCCGUCUCCAGUGAUGCAAAGACUUUCAGAUCGCCGCGGCUCAGGGAAACCCCGACCAAAGAGUGAAGGUUUUGAGCUCUAUAAUAAUUCAGCUCAGAAUGGGUCUCCUGAGAGCCCUCAGCUGCCAUGGGCAGAAUAUAGUGAACCAAAGAAAUUACCUGGCGAUGACAGACUACUGAAGAACAGAGCUGACCACCGCUCCAGCCCCAACGUAGCAAAUCAGCCUCCCAGUCCUGGAGGGAAAAGUGCACCAGCCCCUGGGGCAGCAGCCAGGAUAACGUCCGUCUCCACCGGAAACCUGUGCACGGAGGAGCAGCUGCCUCCUCCGCGCCCCGAGGCCUACCCCAUCCCCACUCAGACGUACGCCAGAGAGUACUUCACCUUCCCUGCGUCCAAGGCCCAGGACCGGGCGGCUCCUCCUCAGAACCAGUGGCCAAACUAUGAGGAGAAGCCACACGUGCACCUGGACAGCGGCCAUCCCGGCAUCGCGGCUCAGCGUAUUACCCGUUCCCAAGAGGAACUUCGGGAAGAUAAAGCCUAUCAACUCGAGCGGCAUCGAAUAGAGGCCGUUCUCGACCGCAAGUCUGACGGCGACAUGUGGGUCCAUCCGAACUCCUCGGUGGGCUCCUGCACGUCCAGCCAGGAGCACCUGGACCACUCCUCCAAGGCGGGCACGCCCGCGUCCACGCUCACCAAGAGCGGCCCUGGGCGCUGGAAGACCCCCGCCGCCGUGCAGCCCGUGCCCGUGGCCGUGUCCCAGCCCAUCCGGACAGACCUGCCACCGCCGCCCCCGCCGCCCCCUGUGCACUAUGCUGGUGACUUCGACGGGCUCCCCGUGGAUUUGCCUCUCCCCCCGCCACCUGCCGCCCACGCGGGGCCCCCGUCUGCUCAGGCGGCUGCCGCAGAGCGGAAGAAGCGAGAAGAGCACCAGCGGUGGUACGAGAAGGAGAAGGCGCGGCUGGAGGAGGAGCGGGAGCGGAAGCGCCGCGAGCAGGAGCGGAAGCUGGGCCAGAUGCGCUCGCAGGCCCUCGCCCCUGCCCCGUUCUCGCCCGGGGCCGUUCCCCAGGCGAAGCCCGAGAAGCCCUCCACGCUGCAGCGGCCCCCGGAGACCGUCAUCCGGGAGCUGCAGCCCCAGCAGCAGCCCCGCACGAUCGAGCGCAGAGACCUCCAGUACGUCACGGUCAGCAAGGAAGAGCUGGCCUCGGGGGACAGCCUGUCCCCCGACCCCUGGAAGCGCGACGCCAAGGAGAAGCUGGAGAAGCAGCAGCAGAUGCACAUCGUGGACAUGCUGAGCAGGGAGAUCCAGGAGCUGCAGGGCAAGGCCGACCGCUCGGCGGACGAGAACGACCGCCUGCGCAAGCUCAUGCUCGAGUGGCAGUUCCAGAAGCGACUGCAGGAGUCCAAGCAGAAGGACGACGACGACGACGAGGAGGAGGACGACGACGUGGACACCGUGCUGAUCAUGCAGCGCCUGGAGGCGGAGCGCAGAGCAAGGCAGACUGCUGUGCCAGCAAUCUCUGUUCUAGAUUUGUUACAGGAUGAGGAACGGCGGCGGCAGCAGCAGUUAGAAGAGAUGCGGAAACGGGAAACCGAGGACCGAGCCAGGCAGGAGGAGGAGCGGGCCAGGCGAGACGCUGAAGAAAAGGUUAUGGUCCUCUGAGGGCAGCUAGGCCCUUCCCCAGUUAGCCGGAACGGAAUUGGUUGGCUGGGCGCAGGGGCGGAAGCUCAUCUCUGUCUUAAGACAUGCCUGGGUCCCCCGCUUUGUCUCUGGACCAAAACCUGUAGCCCAACCCGGCCCACCCACCUCUCCUGAACUGUGUCCAGGUCCCCUGCUGUCCGCGUGUUGUCUCUCUCAAAUUUCUGAACUCACAGGCCUGCUCAGCCGCGAGCUGGGCCGCAGUCUGCCGACCCCCAGCUCCGGUCUGUACUGGACGUGGCGCAGCUGCUCCUGUGCCUGUGAUGGUGGCUCGGUUGUUGAACUUGAGUUUGAGCUGUGGGAAGAGGAGCAUAGUAAGACAGACUGUUAACAUGAAACACUUGAAGUAGAUUAUUGACUGAAACCACUCCAUUCUGGCUGAUGGUAAAGAGCAAAUGGCUCAUGAAAACCACGAUACAAGGGAAAUUUAACUUAGUGUGUAACGUGCUAGUGUUCUGAGCUACUACUGUUCCCAUGUGGGUUUUUGUAUCUGAGUAAUCCUUUCAGUUCAUUGUAAAAUGGCAGGAUGCUUCCUCGGGCUCCCUCUCGGCUGGCGCGAGUGGGCCCCGUCUCCCACGGGGCCCCCUGUGCUGACGCGGGGCGUGAGAGGCCAUCCGUUAGCUCCCUUCUGUGAAGGCCAAAGCUCGACUGACACAACUUCUGAUGGGAAAGUUUAGUUUUUAUUAACAACUCCCUCUUUGAUAGUCCAGCGAACUCGGUCUAGAGCACCCUCCCACCCCAGACAAAGCACCUUUAGGAAGCUUUUUGUAGCGAUAGGAUUUGCUAGGAUGCUGAUCAGAGAGGAACACUGACAGAAGUGAUGUGACAGAUUGAAAUGAAAGGAGAAUAAUAACGUGAGGACACAUACCUGUAUGGACGUUAGUGAUUCUGCGUUUUAUGAACCUUCAGCUUUUCUUAAGUGUGCCCCUUACCUGUAGUACCUGGACAGCUUUUGAGGUUUUUUCCGAGAGUCGGGGCUUGGGGAUUAGGUUGCCCCCAGAGCCCUGCGCUCUGGGAUGGGGUGAGUCAAAGCCGACGGCCUUUUUAAGGAAACCCCGGACUUCUCAGGGCUAUGGUGUUGGAUGUUGUUUUGCUUUUCUUGGCUGUGUGGAGAGAUGUGUCUCCUAGCGCUGUGCCCACGCAGCUGCCCCAGAGUCUGCACGCGGGUCCCCCCUGUCCUGGGAGGCCUGCCCGGACCGGGUACCCCACGGAGCCCUGGCCAGUGCAGGACGCCGGGCAGCAGUGCGUGUGGACAGCAGGUUGUCUCUGCCGAGGCUCGGGCCGUCGGGUUUCCCUGCAUGCGUUCUCACAACUCAUGCUUACGUCAGCAACUGCUUCUGUAACCGAGUGCUCAAUGUAAAAAGCAGCUGAGUAACCUAUUUUUUAUACAGAAUGUCCAAAAUUGAUGGGUCUGCUUUGUUAUAGAAAAACGUUGGCUUGGCUAGAAAAAAGGCUUCCCGGGUUUUGUAAUUGUAUCUGCUCUUAGCACAACUGAAGGAGGGCAUUUGGGCCCCCCCGAAAUAUUCUCGCGCCCCGGUUCUGUCACGCUGAGACGCCCGACAGCUCCGCGUGAGACGUCAUUCUAGAUUCCGUUCCACACGCAAGAGAACACUUACUGUGUGGGAAGCACGAGAAAAAUGGUUCUCCUUCCGGGUGUCUCAACAUAGAGUAAGACGGUCAAGUGACACACUGGGUCAGGGCCAAGGUGGGCUGCUGGCCGCGGUGCCAGGCCCCUCCCUCGGAGGGGACGGAGGCCGUGACCGCUGUGUACACUCUCCGUGUGCGCCUGGAGGCAACAGGGCGAGACACAAGCGAACCAAUUGAAAUGGGGACUAAAAACAUUUACCCCAAGGCCAGCAAGGUCCCUAAAAUUAGUUAUCUUUGGUUGAAUGAAUUUAAUAUUCAUUGUACUCCAUUCUGUAGCAUUAAACAUUUUUCACAGUAGGGCAGAUUAUUCUGUUUGAUCUUUCAUCUCCUUUCUUGCUUACUUUUUUCUUGUGUUUGAAAACUUCUGUCAAUCUUUAACGAAACUGUGCUGUUACCUUUUUUAAUGUUAAAAUAAUUUUAACUCUGUCAACUGUAGUUUGUGUGGAUGUAUGUCAGAAGAAUUUAUGUGUCAAAUAUAUCUGAAUAUCCUGUC